UGAGUGGCGCGGUAUAACUGUAUCUCAGCGCGCCUCUCGCGGAAAGAGCUUUCUUUCUUUCUUAUCGUUACUGUUUACCGGAUCAGAAUUCUGUAGCAAUGACGACUGCCACUUACGAAAAGAACGCUGCGGACGAUGUCAUCGAGGCGCCUCGAUCAGAGGGCUUUGCGCCAACGCAAAAGGCCGAGAUCUUGGAGGCACGCGAGAUUUUCCACGAUAAUGCGGAGGGCGUCAAGUUCCGCACUGUCAGUUGGCAGCGAGCCACGAUCAUCUUUCUCAAGAUCCAGUUUGCCAUGAGCAUUCUCGCCGUCCCUGGGGCACUGGCGACGCUGGGCGCCGUCGGCGGUGCACUGUCCAUUGUAGGCUGGGAGGUUUUGAAUACAUACACUGCUGUCAUCCUGGGAGACUUCCGCAAUCGACAUCCGGAGUGCCACACUCUUGCGGACAUGUGUGGUCACAUCUGGGGCCGCCUUGGAAAGGAGCUUGUGUCUCUUCAAAUCCUGAUUGCUCAAGUGCUCAUUACGGCAGCUGGAAUCGUUUCUUGCUCGACGGCUUUCAAUGCGCUGUCGGAGCAUGGAGCGUGCACAGUGGCCUUCAGCUUCGUCUCGGCAGUCUUGAUUACACUUUUCUCGUCCGUCCGCACAUUCUCGCGCUUGGGCUGGCUUACAUGGCUCGGGUUCACGACUUUCUUCAUUGCUGUUUUCAUUUUUGUCGUUGCAGUGACGCAGCAAGAUAGGCCUGCUGCCGCACCGCCGACGGGCGACUUCGACCUAGGAUGGACGGCAAUUGCGCACCCCGGUUUUGUGGCAGGCAUUACAGCCAGCGCCAACAUUUUCAUCAGUGGGAGCGGGUCUCAGAUGUACUUGCCUGUGAUCUCGGAGAUGAAAAAGCCUCGGGACUACCGCAAGGCUGCGAUUGUGGCUGGCAUUCUCGUUGGAGCGAUGUAUCUGACUUUCUCGCUGGUCAUCUACCGCUGGUGUGGAAUGUGGUUGGCCACUCCUGCGUUUGGAAGUGCCGGCACGCUCUUCAAGAAGAUCUCGUAUGGCAUUGCUUUGCCGGGUCUGGUUGUUGGGGUCGGAAUCUAUCAGCAUGUCGCGGCGAAGCUCAUCUUCGUGCGUGUCCUGCGAAACUCGCGUCACCUCCAGGCGAACACCGUGGUCCAUUGGACAACUUGGCUCGGCAGCAACUUGGUUCUCGGUGUGCUGGGAUUUAUUAUCGCCGAGGCAGUGCCCAUUCUCAAUUACUUGCUGGGCCUUGCAGGAUCGCUUUGCUUUGCGCCCUUCAGCUUGAUCUUCCCUGCCAUGCUGUGGAUGUACGACUUCAAAGGGUACACAAGUGGAAGUACAUCACAGAAGCUGGUUUACGGGGCACAUAUCUUUAUUGUCCUGGUAGGCUUGUUCAUGGUGGUUGGCGGAACGUAUGGUGUUGCGGUCUCGAUCAAGCAAGCCUUCGCCAGCGGAUUGAUUUCGAAGGUCUUUGACUGCGCGGACAACUCGGGGACAAUCUCUUAGCAAGGAUUGAUGUUAUCACCGGAGCAUGCAUGUGACGGAGGUGCGGAGAAUCAUUCUGAGUGCUUGUAGUGAGGAGGCUUUGUAUGAGAAUCCAGUGUGAAGUCAAGAGAAAGUGGCAGCAAAGUCAGUGUCAAAGUCGCUCAUCCUGAG